AUGGCUGCAAAUGGUAAUGAUGCUGUGACUACAGAGCCUGCGCCAUCGCAACAAGCCCUUCAACUUACUGGCGACGAGAAACUAAACGGUGAACUAUCUAACGGCGAUGGCUCUGGACACGGCACGAAUGACGCGCCUGAUGACAGUCCAGUAUUCGCCAUCACCAUCAAGCUUCCACACGAGCCCCACGAGACACAGGUGACGGUGUCCACACAGGAGCAGGUCCAAGACAUACGCCAGUCCAUCGUCGAGCUUCCUUUCACCUACCAGUACACUUGCUUCCACCUAGAGCACAAUGGCGAGCGGAUUAACGACUACGUUGAGCUUUCAGAAGUCCCUGGAAUCUCGCCCGAGUCUGAACUCACGCUGGUGGAGGACCCGUACACAGAGAAGGAAGCGCGGAUGCACUUCAUCAGGAUAAGGGACCUCAUCGGAGCGGCAGGGGACCGUACGGAUACUUUACAUGGUAUCAGUGCUGGCCUCACUUUGUUGGAUGCUGUUAUGCCGGAGGCGAAUGGCCACAGUCCGAAAUACCCUGGUGGUGGAAGCGACGUCUUGUCAAGUUAUGAUUUCGAGGCCCCUGGAUCGUACAUGACUCUGUUGCCGCAAAACCAAGCCCCGCCGUCGAAAACCAUCAAGUCCAUCUCGCUAUCUCCCUGGAACCCACCGCCGUACCACCUGCGAGCUAAAGGCCAUCUGCUCUAUCUUCAAGUCACCACGAAUGAGGGCGAGCAGUAUCAUAUCACAUCCCACGUCUCCGGUUUCUACGUCAAUAAGUCGUCUAACAGCAAGUUCGAUCCAUCUCCGAAGUCCACAAUCAAGGAAGCCGUCGCACACUCGCUGCUUACCCUGUUAUCCAAGAUCUCGCCGUCAUUCGAGAACUCUUUUAAAGCGUACCAGGAGUACACCAGCAAGAAAGACCCCAUCGCCUCCUUCCAGCUUUCCAAUGCCAUCCCUGCAAGCCCUUGGCUCGUGCUGCCUCAUACCGCACCGGCAAACGCCCAUCAGCCGGACAUCGCGCGGACGCAAGAGAACUAUCUUCUUACCGGCGCAGAAGUUGCAGACUCACUUCGUGACUGGAACGAGGAGUUUCAAUCCACGCGUGAGCUUCCGAAAGAUGGCGUGCAAGAACGAGUAUUCCGGGAGCGCCUAACUUCGAAGCUGUUUGCCGACUAUACCGAGGCGGCCACUCGAGGAGCGAUCCUGGUAGCUCGAGGGGAAGUGACGCCACUCAACCCCACCGAGGGGCGGGAUGCGCAGAUCUUCGUCUACAACAAUGUCUUCUUCUCCUUUGGCGCCGAUGGCGUCGGGACGUUUGCGACAGAUGGCGGCGACGAGGCAGCACGCGUUGCAACGGGCAAAGAUGUCAUGGGUGUAAAGGCCGUCAACCAACUGGACAUCACCGGGCUUUUCACUCCUGGGACAGUCGUUGUUGAUUACCUUGGCAAGCGCAUAGUUGGGCAGAGCAUUGUGCCUGGCAUAUUCAAGCAGAGGGAGCCCGGCGAGCACCAGAUCGACUAUGGUGGUGUCGAAGGCAAGGACGUCGUUGCCGAGGACCCGGCGUUUGCGCCUCUCUUCGAGCAACUGUCAAAGGCGAUGCAUGUCAAGAAGCACCCGGUGUGGGACAAAGAAGGCAAAUGUCACGAGCUCGAAGGCAGCGUCGAGACAAAAGGCUUACUCGGCACGGACGGGAGGAAGUAUGCUCUUGACCUGUACAGGGUAACUCCGCUAGACGUAGCGUGGCUGGAGCAAUACUGGACUGAGCCGGAGAAAGACGAUCAAGAAAAAGACGAAGCAAAGAACUAUCCACACCGGAUGGCUGUUCUACGUCCGGAGUUAGUGGAGGCAUACGGCAGAGUCAAGUUAAGAGAUUUUGUCCGGGAAAAGCUAGCAAAGCGAUCGGCGACAAGCGAGGAUACUGACACGAGCGCCGAAACGAAAGCUGAGCCAGAGAAGGAGGAAUCCGAGAAGGAGGAAUCCGAGAAGGAUGAGUCAGAGGAAACAGCGGUCGUAAAGGCAGAGCCUGAGACGGCAGAGCCCGAGAAGAAGGAGCCUGAGCAAGACCGAGUUGACAUUUCUGGCUUCGACUUCGCUUUGAACCCAGACGUCUUCUGCGGACAGACCCCGCAAACGGAAGAGGAAAAGGCGCAAUGGGAAAAGGAUGAGGCAGAAGUGCGGGCGGUAUGCAAGCACCUGACUGACGAAAUCAUUCCGCGAUUGCUACACGACCUGCAGGAAGGCGACGUCGGUUUCCCAAUGGACGGCCAGUCUCUCGGCGCCCUUCUCCACAGGAGAGGCAUCAACAUGCGAUACCUUGGCAUGAUUGCCACGCUUGCUGAUAAAGAGAACCCGCGGUUGCAAGCUUUGAGGCGCCUCGCGAUACAAGAAAUGGUUGCGCGAGGCUUCAAACAUGUCGCGAACAAGAAAAUGCGGUACCUCCCGGCUCCGUUCGCCACGACCUGCCUAGCACACCUGCUGAACUGCUUGCUCGGAACUGGCCUGAACGACAAACCCACUGCUCAGACCGACGAUGACCUGAAACCUCUGUACCCUGAGGCUGAUUUCAGUUUCGAGAAGAGUACGCCGGAAAGCCUGCAACAAGAGGUGAAAGCCCAGAUCUCCAUGCGUUACCGUUUUGAUCUUGCGAAUGACUGGGUGCAAGAGGGCAAGCAGCUGCAGAUGCUUCGCGAGGUUUCUCUCAAGCUCGGCUUGCAGCUGGAGGCGAAAGAUUAUGCGUUCACCAAAGGGCAGAACUCAAGCGGUUCAGAUGCCGGCUCUGAUAUUGGGGCUCCGCCUCAGACUAACGGUCAUGUCAAUGGUGCUAGCAAGAAGAAAAAGAAGAACGCGGAUCGCUCGCCCAGUCGGGUUGCUGCCUCGCCGUCUACACCUCCAAUGACUUUCCUCCCUGACGACAUUCAGAACAUUGUACCUGUCGUCAAAGAGGCAUCGCCAAAGAGCGUUCUCGCCGAAGAAGCCCUCGACGCUGGCAGAGUAUCAAUUGCCCAGGACCAAAAAGAGCUCGGUCAGGAACUCCUCCUAGAGUCUCUUUCGCUCCACGAGCAAAUCUAUGGCGUGCUCCACCCCGAAGUCGCACGCGUCUACCACCAACUCUCCACGCUCCUCUACGGCCUCGACGAGAAGAACGCCGCCCUCGAGGUCGCGCGCAAAGCCGUCAUCGUCUUCGAGCGCACUGUCGGCGUCGACUCCGCCGACACAGUCCUCAGCUACCUCAACCUCGCGCUCUUCGAGCACGCAACGGGCAACACGGCGACCGCCCUCGCCUACGUGCGCCACGCGCUCGAGCUGUGGAAAAUCGUCUACGGCCUCAGACACCCGGAUUCCAUCACCACUAUCAAUAACGCGGCGGUGAUGUUCCAGGCCAUGAAGGCGUACCACGAGUCGCGCGUCUGGUUCGAGGCCUGUCUUGCCAUCAGCGAGGAGGUCUCAGGUAAGAAUUCUGUUGGGACGGCGACGGUGUGCUUCCAGCUUAGCCAGGCGUUGGCGCUGGAUAAGGAUACCCAUGCCGCUGUUGACCGGAUGAGGGAGUCGUACAAGAUCUUUAAGAACGAGCUUGGCGCUGAGGACCGCAACACCAAGGAAGCGGCGUCCUGGCUCGAGCAGCUUACCCAGUCUGCCGUCAGCGUCGCGAAGCAGAAUAAGCUCAUGGAGGCGCGCAGGGGCGUAAGGCGCGUCCAGCUGACGCCGAGGACGAACCUGAGACCGCAGCCGCAGGUUGGGCAGAGCUUGGCGGAGGCGGUGGGCAGGGAGGCGGUCGCGGGCCGCGAUCCAAGAAGCAUAGAAGAGUUGCUCAAAUACAUUGAAGGGGACUCAGCGAAGAAGACGACGCCGAAGAAGAGGCAGGCGAACCCGAAGAGGAGGGGGCAGGGGGCACGAUAA